AUGAUGUUGAGAAUAAAACGAACAUUAAAAAUUCACUUUGUGGCCAACUUGAAAAUAAUUGCUAAUGUCGAUUGGCGAUCUUUUAAAAGCACAUUUGCACCAAUCAAGGAUAUUAGUCGUGUCCUAUGUGAGGCCGAACAAGAUGAAGUGCAUUCAAUCAACUUCAGGAAAUAUUGUAGUGUUCAACGAUCUACAGGCUUAAAAAGUGUUCGAAAUCGAUCUGAUUCUACAUUAUCCAAUUAUUCUUCACUUGGUCAGUCAAAUUGGUCUGGUUCAUCUACAAUAACUACAAACAGACAUACGUUCCUGAGUGAAGAGAAUUUGCAUUCACAUACCAAACAUAUGGAACGGGUUUGUUCACGGCAAAAGGCCCAAAAAGAACUGGAUCAAUCUAUAUCUCAAUGUCGAGAAAAAUUGACUACUUUCAUCCAGUCAAAUCAUAAUAAUGUAUGUCGUAAUCUUCCAGAACCAAAUGGCGGUGAUACUGGUACUAAUCAACACACAAAGUAUUCUAAGAGUCGAAACUCUGCUACAUCACAAAGACCAUCUUCUGUAAAAAACCAAACAACUUCUAGAUCUUUACAAUCUAACUGCUUUAAUAGCCCUAUGAAUCUCUCAAAUGCUCAUUUGCUGCAUACAAAUUCUGUUGGAACAAAAGCUGAAAAUAAAUUAUCUUACAAAAGUCAUAUGGGGCGUAGUACACAAGAUCUUUAUGAUAGUGUAUCACUGAAGGACGGAAUGAAGGUAAUUUAA